AUGGAUACCUGGAAGAUGCAGCUUGUUGUUGUGACUUUUUGCACUUUGUUGCAAACCUGUCAGGGACUCACUGCUAGUGAGGAAGAGGAGAGAGGAUUGUCUACAGACUGGCAGGACGGUUCACAGACACCGAUGGAGACAGAUGUGAGCCACCUGGUAGCCUCCCUGAUGAAGAGAUCUAAAGCCCUCCGCUUCUACGGACUCAUGGGAAAACGCUCAAGUGUUAAGAAACCUUUCAAAGUUAAUCGACGGAAUAAAGGAGACACAUUCGUAGGCCUGAUGGGAAGAAGCCUCUCCAGUGGUGAGUCUUUGACCAGAAUAAAUCCGUCUGCAACAACCACCGGGGUCGAUGUUUCAGAGAAACCACACAAGCAAGGUUCAUCUGAGGAGUGGAUCCAAAUCCUGUAUUGA